GCCGCCACGUCCUCUCUCUGUUGGUGUUUCUUCUCCGUCUCCUCCUACUCCUCUGUGAAGCUUUGCUCCACCGCCUCCUCCUCUCAGCCCGUCUACUGUACCUCUCUACCUCUGCCAUUUUUUCUUGGUUUCACACUCGCGCCCUUGCUAUACUGAGUAUUAAGCCAAUGGAGGCACUGAAGGCUUGUUAUGGGGAUGGAUCUUCUGAUUCGGAUUCUGAAGCUGCCCCUUCAUGUACAACUAAAGCUCGCUCCGAAGAAUUCACACUGUUGCCACCACCUCCUAUCUCACUCCUUGACCCUCUAAGUUUGCUUGGUUCUCAAGAUCUGGAAAUAGGACAGACAACUAGAGUUAGGAGUUUCCCUCAUGUUGAUGGUAACUAUGUCCUACAUGUAUACAUACCAAUUCAUAUUUCAUCUUCAUCAAAAAAAGAAAUAGCCACUUUCUUGAAGAAAGUCACCUCUCAGGAACCUAAUCUUCAUGUUGUUGACAUUGAUCUCCCACUUAAAGUCCUCUGUAAAAAUGAUGAGAAGCUUGAACAGGUUGCCUUGGGAAGGGAGUUUCACAUAAGUUUGGGACGAACUGUUCCAAUAGGGGUUCAUCAAAUUGACUCAGUGGUCUCAAUGCUUCGACAAAAACUUCAAACACGACACCAUUAUUGGAUUGACUUCAACCAGUGGGAGGUAUUCGUAAAUGAUGAUCAUACACUGGUU